GCACAGAGCAUCGUCCAACCUGUCCAACUCCGACCCUUUCUUUUGAAAAAUCUGCACCUUUCUUUAUCGUAUUUCAUAAGCACAUUGACUUCUGAAAUACCUCACCACCGCCAAAAACCCUAAACCUUGAAAAAACUUUACCGUACAAGAAACCAGACCGCACUUUGGCGGGAAAAACUUGCAUCCCAAAACUUCCCGUGUUCUUAUGCAAUCCUCGUUCUACACGCCCACCAAUACCCACCACCUUCCAAUUCCAUGGAAAAUUCCGGAAACCCAGUUCACAACUCAGAAAUGUGUCCCCAAGACACGCAAACGCCCCUUCAGGGCCUUCAACAUCACCAACUCUUUGAGAACUUCGAUUGGCUAUGAACCAGAAGAAACCGUCGGCAAGGAACCGGGACACACCAAAGAGUGUCGGCUUCCGGUGGUGAUUCAGAGGUCGGGUAAGGUUUCCAGAUACUUCUGGGAUGGAGGUAGUUUGCAGUUGGUUGGUGUUGAUGGCGGUGCGACGUCGUUCUCCUUUGAUUUUGAUGAUGGGUUUCGUAGACUGUAUAGAAUUUGUACCAUGGCUGUUAGAGAUUUCUUCAUUCCCAAGAAAGUUAGCGAUAAUUACAUGGAUUAUGUGAAAUGGAAGUUCUUGCACCGGGUUUUCAGUUCGGCGCUCCAGGUCCUUGCCACGCAGGCAAUGUUUCGAGCAAUUGGAGUUGGGUUCUCUCGUUCACUGCCAUCAGCUGCUGCCCUAAACUGGGUCUUGAAGGAUGGACUUGGACGAUUAAGUAGAUGCAUUUAUACUGCUAGUCAAGCCUCUGCUUUUGAUACCAAUCUCAAGAGAGUUAGGUUCUCUACGUCCAUUCUGUUCAGUUUGAGCAUUGGAGUUGAGCUGUUGACUCCUGCAUUUCCGAAGUACUUCUUGCUUCUUGCAUCUGUGGCCAACAUUGCAAAACAAAUAAGCCUGGCUUGCCUCUUAGCUACUGGCUCUGCUGUUCACCGAAGUUUUGCAAUUGCAGAUAACCUUGGUGAAGUUUCUGCUAAAUCACAGAUUCAAACAGUGUGCUUUGACAACCUCGGCCUUUUACUUGCUGCAUCAUUGAAUAUGCUGUUGAAGAAUAAUCAAAGAUUGCUAGCAGGUUUGCCUUUUAUUGUAUACCCAAUAUUCUCAGCAAUCGACCUGCUUGGAAUAUAUCAACAGCUUAAGCAUGUCCAUCUGCAAACAUUAACUAAGGAUAGACUUGAGAUUAUACUAGAUACUUGGAUCGAGGUAGGAUAUGUUCCUUCGCCUGCAGAUAUUAGUAAACAGGAAGGAAUUGGUUUUCCAUGGAGUAAAGGCAAAGAAUUAUUGCCCAUCAAAAUAGGGUGUAUUAAUCCCAAGGAUCAAGUUCCCAAGUUGUCAAUGAUGGCAAUGCAAUCCAUAAAUGGUGAUGAUUAUUACUUCAUAAGCAUGGAAAUCACGUAUACAGGAAUACGAAGAACCAAGCAGAGGGGUAUUAUUCUUUGUCUGCGAGAAGGAGCUGGGACUAGAGAUAUAAUACUGGGUUUGCUGCAGGCGUGCUAUGUCCGUAAAGUCCUUCAUUUGAAAAAGAGUAAGUGGGAAAGCAUGGUAGAGGCUAGUGAUUUAUCGGACUCGGCUAUGAAGGAGUGGUUUAAGCUCCUUGAGGAGUGCAAAAAACGUGCUCAAGGGGAUUUGUUACUGUUGAACGAGCACAUGUCGGGACUGGGAUGGGCGGCUAAGAACAUUCUAUUGAGCAAAGACGAGCAGACGCGAUACAGUUUCGUUGAGGAUUGAAGAUAAUCUCUAUUCCUUUUCAGGUUUGGUGGGCUCUCCUCUACAGAUGGAGAAUUUUUGGGAUCUUUUAUAGUAAAAAUAUAAAUAAUUCUCAUACGAAAGUUUAUGAUUGGCCCAAAAGGAAAAUGAAAAAUUUUGGUCCUUGUAUUGAAAGUAUCGAUCGGUAUUCAAAAAGUGUAUAAUGUUCGACUCCCUUUUACCCAAUUACAACUUGCCAUGUCAUCGAAUAAUUUGACAUCAUUUUUUAAUGGUCAAAUUCUGUUUGUUUCA